ACCGAAAUAAGGGAGGUAGCUUAACAUCAAGGCUACAACUUCUCCUUCUCAUCAGUAUCUCGGUUGCUCUGAUUAGUUACUUGCUUUCAAAAAUCGAAAAAUCCUCAUCGUUGUACUACUUCAUUCGACUUCGAAAAAUAGAAGAAGUCGAAUUAGGUAGUACACCAGAGGAGCAACCAUGGCGGACCCUCUUCGCGGCGACCUGUAUGAGCGUAUUGCAAACUGCGAUCCUCAUACGCUGGCUAAGAUUCAAGAGAUCUUGGCUCUCGAAAAGAAGUCGGCGAGCAGCGUCAAAGGAACGAACGUAGUUCGCCCUGCGACAUCAGGAGGGGCAUCUCCUUUCCGAGGUGUUGGAAAUUAUCCUCGAGUCGUGUCAUCUUCUCCUUAUCAACAACAGAAGAAUCAUGCCAGGUCGCCGGAUAAGGGUUCCUCGUCUAGUAGACCUGUCGACGGACAUGGUGGUAGUCCACGGACACGGAAAAUGCAGAAGGCACAAAGCGGAACGACGCCUACGUCGGCAAGAGGAUCAAAACAAGGGAUUGGCAGAGGAGCACCAUCGCCGAGAAAGGGUGGAUGUGGAGGUAGUGUGCGCGAAGACACAAACAGUGGUUUAAGGCUCAAAACAAUUCAUUUCUACAAGUCAUUUUUUGCAGUUUCCUUCCAGGGAUUCUGAAGAAAUGCAGGCAAGAAAUGAAACGUUUUGAGCUCCUCUAAGCGGUAAUAGAGCUGCAGCAGGAGGUAAUAUUAAGGCUCAGCUUUCAAUGGUCAUUGGGGUUGGUCACUGAGAUCCCUCUUGAGAGAACAGGGGAAAAUGAAGGAAAAGCAAAGGGAGAGGCAUGGGGCCCAUUUCUUUCAGAGUCAGUGACCAUUGAAUGCUGAGCUUUAAUAAUAGAGCUGCAGGAGAACAACGUGAGGCUGCUGGUGUCGCUAGGGAACCAUUACCACAGGUUGCAGCAAAUAGUCGGCAAUCCUCAGGUGAGAGCGGUGAGAUGUUCGACAUCUUUUCAGUCGCGAACUCCAGUAUGAGACCUAGCAAGGAAGGAACAGGAGUGAAGGCACCAGGUGGAAGUAAGAACAAUCAUGGCACACCCACACCGAGUGCAGAUCAAUCAGAUCCUGGUGAGCAUUCUUCGUCUAGCAGCUCCGCGGCUCACACAGUGAAACACAAACAGCUCAGUGCUAAGCGAUUGAGAGGAUUGUGCACACUAUUCGUCUCCCUAACUAAAAUUACAGCCGAUGACGGGACACUCGACGAAAGAUUGGAGAAGUUGUUUUAUUACCUCGAUAAGCAAGGGGAAGGAAGAGUGGCGAAAACACUUCUCUCUGAAGUGUUGGAUGCUUUGGUGGGAUCUUCUUUGUCGAGUGUAACGAAGUUGGAAAGGGACUUGCGGCAGCAAGCUGUGGGAUUUUCUAGAGACUCGUUCGAUGCUGACGAAUUUGCGGGAAUGAUAAAAGCGGCAUUAGGGUAUACUACAAGUAGUGAACAUUUAUCUUCUUCUUGUUCGUGCAACGCAUUCAUUGUCUCCCAAGCCCAGACUUUCUGGAGCCAUGCUGGCCCCUGUACGUCGCAAGCCAGAAAUCUCUUAACUUUUUUCUUGCAGUUGCGCUUCCUUGUAGUAAGUAAGUAAGUAGCUUAAUAUGGAGGUGGACAGGACUGCUCAUUUUAUACACGACAGUCUUCUCAAUCCCAUCCAGCUUCUCCGUCUCCCCUCGCGAACAAGUCCCCGUCCAGCUCAACCUUCAGGAAGGCGCCAGUGAUAGUGAGAGCGAAGAUUCGGAAAUAGAUUUCCGUGAAAACGAAGCUCUCCGUCUAAAAGAUACGAUUUUGAAGGCUAAAGCCCUAGCAGCAGACGGCAGUUUUCACGACUCCUUGGACAGUCACAUCUCUACGCUGUACCACAUGCAGCAUCAUUACCGACUUGUCUCUGGCGCGAAGGCAUCGGUGGACACGCGGCACUACGGCAAGAAUAGCAAGUGCUAUCACGCACUGCUGGGUGGAGGCAGUUCUUGUGGAGGAGGAAGGGAGAUGUCGGGUGCUGGUGGCGCAGCCCCUAGUACGUCUCCGAGUGUUUCGCCUGCUAGACUGCGUGCUUACACCGAAGGCAACGGACGACUUUUGCCGCUCGAGAGGAUGAGCCUCUUGUUAGAAGACCAUCCUGCAGUGCGUUAUAAUCCGAGGCGUGACGCAGCUGAGGAUCGCAAUGCGGUGUUUCUUUUUAGCGAGAACCAGUACUGUCGACCUUAUGAUGAAAGAAACUAGAUGAGUGGAGUUGUAAGUGAUAAAGUCAAUAUAAUCAAUCAGUGGUCACUAGAAGAUGAAGUAACUUCGGAGGUCACCAGAAGAAUUUGUAAUUUUGAACGUCGAGUAGAUCUCUUUUGAUGACUUCCCCUUUCAUACCUCUCCCGAUUCGCGCAACGAGAGGCCGAGAACAGCAGGCGCAGCAGCAAGAAGAUUCUCUCCUGAAAAACAAGCCACUGAGCAAACAACAACUCCACGAGGAUCACCCAUAGCACGUGAAAAACAAGAAAGCCCUUUAACCUUAUUGGUCAGUCCAAGGAGCGGAAGCCCACGUCGCUUACAACUGGGAGCCGCUAGAGGAGAGGGGAAGAAACAGGUAACGGAUUUCUCAUUGUAAAAAGUUGAGUUUUGUUCGUCUACUUGGUACUUACAAAUUAAUUUUUAGAGCUACUUCUACUCGUUCUCAAUAAAUUAUACUUGCAAUGAAUGCCGAUUAUUCAACAUCAACGUAUGUCAUAGGCGCAACCUCGCAACCACGAGUUAUCUGCAGAGGAGCAUCAGAGACACGAGCAACAUCAGAGACAUGAGCACAAUUAUAGGCACGAACAUCAACAUAAGAACGAACACCACAAACACGAGGAACGGCAUGUUCCUCUAGAAGUCGAGACUCAGAAGAGUAGACGUGAUAGUUUUGUCGCUGUCCAGAUGGCUAAAGUGGGUGCUGUCGAGCAACCACAUAGACGAAGGUCGGUGGAACUGGGAGGAGGCCCCGAAGGAGGACAGAGAAGGAGAUCAGUAGACCUGUAGUACGCAUUGACAUCAUCGACGAGGGAGGAUACGAAAAUACACUAAGUAAACGGUAGUUCUUUACUAGAUAAUCAUGUUGGUAUUCCGCUUGUACAUUAUAACUUUGAUGUAGUAUCUGUAUCCAGGCGUACAUAGUAGAGCAUGUUGUAGUAAUGGUUACGAAUAUUCAUGAUAUCAUUGUUGCAUAGCAGUCGUUUUGUUCUUGAACAGACAUAGAGUUUAGAAAUUUAGUAAUUUAGAUUCAGCCAACUCGUACAUUCUAAUGUUUUACAGUAGAUGCAUAGAGAGCAAGCAUGUUAGUUGUAAAAAAAAUGAAAGGCAAAUAGUAGUCGAACACUUUGCAUUAGUUUUUAGUGAACAGUCCAUCUAGUAGAUGGAAACUUUGAUGAUGCAAAUUUUUGUAUUUGGAGUUGGACUGACAUGUUGAGUCGUUAAACUUUUUCAGGUUUCAGACAACACGAAGAUCGUAUGCAAAACCACUGGCAUCAAUCUUCCUUUAGCGAACGAAGGGGAAU